AUGUCUGGCAGAUUCCAGCUGAGGAACGGCUGCACUGGAGAUCUUUCUUGCUCAAGUUGGGAGCAGAGAAUCUCAAAGGCGUUAAAAACGAGGAACUCCUCGUUGCUUUGUCACAAGUCAGUUUGUAUAGUGGACACAGUGUUAGGUGAUGUUAGCAUCUUCCUUGUAGGCAAAGACGAGUACGAUGAACUUGCUUGGACUUCUGGAGAACACGGACACAUACCGGAUCAAGCGGCUCAUAAGAUUGAAACCUCCUACUGA